UCCACCAUUCUCGGAUAAACUGAGGAUAUUUUUCUGCUUCAACGGAAUCUAAAUAAGGGCUUGACUGCAAUUUCUUCGUCGCACUGAAGCGCCGCCACGGGCAGCGCCAUUAUUAAAACGAGGAUACCGGCGUGAGCGUGGUCGUUUCUGGUUACUAUGGAAACGCCGACGCCAAGCAUGCCGUCCUACGGUUUGUGCUGAAGAGACACACGUUCGUUGAUAUGGAGUUCACCGGAAGCAGUUAUGAUGGCGAGUACUAUAACGGCAGGAUGGAAGGGAAAGGGGAGUACACAUUCCCAACAGGGACAAAAUACAUUGGCGAGAUGAAGGAUGGUGUCUUUCACGGGAAAGGGGUAUUGUAUUUUCCAAAUGGGAGCAAAUACGAAGGGACCUGGGAGGAAGGACUAUCUAAACAGGGGAGCUACACCUUUGCUGAUGGGCUGAGGUACCAGGAGAAAAACUGGGACUUCUGUGUUGGAAAUGACAGGCAGUUUUACUCUGAACGAUGCAAUGGACUGAAACCCGCAGGUGAAUCCCAGCUGACGGAUUUGGACCCUUCACGAGUCAUUCCAGAAGGCUGCUAUGACUGCAGGGACGGAUUUUACAACCCCAAGACCAGAGUCAUCUCCAAUUACAAGUAUAAUUUCUUGAGGAAUGCAGAUGAUGAGGAACACGAGUGGAUCGUGCGCACCUGUCGGAAGAGCUGGGAUGAAGUUGUGGGCCAUCGGCGGGAGAAGCAAAACUGAGCACGAUCUUCGGAUACACAGCAUUGCUUUAUUGCAUAUUUGCUGCAAGUGCUCAUGUUUCGUGGAAUAUAAAAACCCUACAUGGACAUAAGCAUGGCAUGAAUAUGAGUUAUUUUUGGAACCUCCCCACAUCAGCAAUGAAUGUGUCAAUACACAGUGUUCAGAAUAUUCACUUG